CGCACCUACGAGAACAACCCACAUUGACCUCUGGGUUUUUCAUGGGAAUACUGCUCGCAGCACUGCUCUGCGUAUACUACUAUGAGGUGAGCAAGACACAUGCCGCAAAACACAAAGGAGUGACACACAAUGAAUGGCAUAGAAUUCAUAUGCUACGAGUGG